AUGAAUCGUAAACAACAAAUUCAAAAUAUAUUAUUGUUAAAAACCUUUCUAGAUGAGCUUGAAGAAGAGGAACUUGAAGAAGAGGAGGGAACUUUGAGUAAGGAAGAAGAGAGUAUUAUUUUAAAAGCUACUUUAGUACAACAAUUAAUUACACAAUAUCUAAAGUCACGAAUACACUAC